GUUCCCGUAUCUCCUCGCAAUACUUUUACUCACUUUGCUUCUUCUUCAUCAACAAAAUAAUAAUCAAAUCAAGAACAAGAAAAUCUCUCAGAAAUGGCCGUGAGUUGCGUAACAACAUCUCCAGAGCAAGAACACACACCAAAACUAGACCUUGGAAAUAUUCAGACGACGCCAAUAGUCUUCAAUCCUUCAAUGCUUAACCUCCAACCCAAUAUCCCUAACCAAUUCAUUUGGCCUCACGACGAGAGACCUUGCACCGAAGCUCCCGAGCUUGACGUUCCCCUCAUCGAUCUCCAAAAUUUUCUCUCCGAUAGCGACUCCACUCCUUCUUCCUCUUCCUCAACUGUAGAAGCUUCCAGGCUCAUCUCCGAGGCCUGUAACAAGCACGGAUUCUUCCUCGUGGUUAAUCACGGCAUCAGCGAGGAGCUUAUAUCAGACGCUCAUGACUACAUGGCCCGAUUCUUCGAUAUGCCUCUCUCCGAAAAACAGAGGCUUCUGAGAAAAUCCGGCGAGAGUUGCGGCUACGCAAGCAGUUUCACUGGUCGCUUCUCCACCAAGCUACCAUGGAAGGAGACACUUUCUUUCCGGUUUUGCGACGACAAGAGCCGCUCCAAAACCGUUCAAGAUUACUUCUGCGAUGCGUUGGGACAUGGGUUUGAGCCAUUUGGGAAGGUGUAUCAAGAGUACUGUGAGGCAAUGAGUUCUUUGUCACUUAAGAUCAUGGAGCUUUUGGGUUUAAGUUUAGGCGUAAACCGAAAUUACUUUAGAGAGUUUUUUGAAGAAAAUGAUUCGAUCAUGAGACUGAACUAUUACCCUCCAUGUCAGAAGCCAGAUCUUACAUUAGGAACAGGUCCUCAUUGUGAUCCAACUUCUCUUACCAUCCUUCACCAAGACCAUGUUGAUGGCCUUCAAGUCUUUGUCGAAAAUCAAUGGCGCUCCAUUCGUCCCAAUCCCAAGGCCUUUGUUGUUAAUAUCGGCGAUACUUUCAUGGCUCUAUCAAACAAUAGAUACAAGAGCUGCUUGCACCGGGCGGUGGUGAAUAGCGAGAGCGAGAGGAAAUCACUUGCGUUCUUCUUGUGUCCGAAAAAUGACAGAGUAGUGAAGCCACCAAGAGAGCUUUUGGACAGGAUCACACCAAGGAGAUACCCUGACUUCACUUGGUCUAUGUUGCUUGAGUUCACUCAGAAACACUAUAGAGCAGACAUGAACACUCUCCAGGCCUUCUCAGAUUGGCUCACCAACAAACCCGUGUAAUAUAUAAAACUAUAUCCAUGUGUUUGUCUUGUUAGUUACUAUGUUCUUUACAUUUCAUGUAUAUGGUAAGAGAUCAAGUACAACACCC